AUGUCAUCUGAUUCACCAAAUUUGCCUGCUACGGGAACAACACCAGAUGGUCACCUUCCUGUUGCUGUAGAAGCUGAAAGCGAUGAUUCAGCUAAAGGAGUGGCAUCGAAACUAUCCGCCUCCGGGAUAUCAACAUGGGCCAAAAAUUUGAAAGUUCCUCAGCCAUUUUCUUCCACACAAGCCAACUCUGAUGGGGAAAAUGCUGAAAAGUCUGCAUUUGCGAAAUUUACAAGUGGGUUAGGGCUUCGUUUGUCUCCCAAAUCUCCUCAAUCAGAUGAGACCAUCACAGAAGGAACUUCAAAUGCCGCACAAACCGGUUUCCUUGGGACGAUUACGAAAGGUUUGGUAGAUACGUCAAAGAACGCUGUCAAGGCAGUACAGGUUAAGGCUCGACAUGCUGUAUCCCAGAACAAAAGAAGAUACCAGGAAGGAGGGUUCGAUUUGGAUCUGACGUACAUAACAGAGAACAUAAUUGCAAUGGGGUUUCCUGCUGGUGAUAUGAGUUCUGGCUUUUUUGGAUAUGUUGAGGGCUUCUACCGCAACCAGAUGGAAGAAGUUAUAAGCUUUCUUGAAACUCAACACAAGGGAAAAUACAAGGUUUACAAUCUAUGUUCAGAGAGGUUGUAUGAUGUAUCACUAUUUGAAGGGAAGGUGGCCAGUUUCCCAUUUGAUGAUCACAAUUGCCCGCCAAUCCAUUUGAUUACCUCAUUUUGCCAAAGUGCAUAUUCGUGGUUGAAGGAGGACAUAGAGAAUGUUGUGGUUGUUCACUGUAAGGCAGGAAUGGCGAGGACAGGGCUUAUGAUAUGUAGUCUUCUUCUGUAUCUGAAGUUUUUCCCGACUGCUGAAGAGUGCAUGGACUUCUACAAUCAGAAACGAUGUGUAGAUGGAAAAGGGCUUGUGCUACCUAGUCAAAUUAGAUAUGUGAAGUACUUCGAACGAAUAUUGACCUACUUCAACGGGGAAAACCAACCAGGACGAAAGUGUAUGCUUAGAGGAUUCCGGCUCCAUAGGUGUCCCUACUGGAUCAGGCCAUCCAUUACUAUUUCAGAUCACAAUGGUGUUCUUUUUACCACGAAAAAGCAUCCUCGGACCAAGGAUCUAUCGCCUGAAGACUUUUGGUUCAGUGCGCCAAAGAAAGGGGUCAUGGUCUUUGCCCUACCCGGUGAGCCCGGUCUAACAGAGUUAUCUGGGGACUUCAAAAUCCAUUUUCACGAUCGCCAAGGAGAUUUUUACUGCUGGUUAAACACAACAAUGAUGGAAAACAGAGUGAUUCUUAAAACCAGUGAACUUGACGGGUUUGAAAAGAGGAAGCUACCUUCGCCUGGAUUUAUGGUGGAAGUUGUUCUUGCUGACAUAAACCCAACAGUCCCUGCAAGCCCUACUUCUGAAACUGCGUCCAAGACACCCGAAGAAACUUCAUCUGCUAAUGCUUCCCAUGUAGAGGGUGUCACACCGGUUCCAGGAACCAAUAAAGAAGCAGAGAACGCUGAUAAGGACGAUGUGUUCUCUGAUAACGAAUCAGACUCGACUGGCCCAGGUAAAGCCGCAUCAUCGGCUUCUUCUCAAACCCCAGAAGCCAAAAAGGGCGUAGAUGAAACCACUGGUCUUGCUCAUGCCACCGAGAAAGUGUCUAUUUCUGGAAACAAGGGACCAUCGUCACAGUCGGUUAGCAAAGCUGAAGCGACAGAGAAACCAACUGGGUCUGGUGUCAACGUGUCAAGCUCAGAGAGUAGUGAGUUCAAGGUUAUGGCUGCUGAUGCAUCUGUGUUCUCGUUUGGAGAUGAAGACGACUUUGAAAGCGAUUGA